UUCUAAUCAAAUUUUACUAACUAUACAAAUUUAUGCAAGUUAAAUUGUGAAUCAUGUUACCCAAGUUAUUUUAUUCUAUUUGCUAUACUUUUUGGAUUCUAACUACAAAAUGCUUUGUGAGUUGUAAAAUACAACCAAAAACAUAUGAAAAAUAUUUGACAGAAGUAAUGGAUCAUAUAAGUGAACAAGAUGGAUGGAAUUUAAUGCAGAAUUUGAAAAUUAAAUACAACCACUCUACAGAGAUAAGAUUUAAUAUUAAGAACGUUAUUUGCAAAGAGAGUCGUACAAUACUAACAAAAAAAUUCGAUGCUAUAAUUCAUAUAUUAAAUUACAUGUACACAAAAGUCAUAAAAACAUUUAUUGAUCAUAUUAGAGCUAUAGCUAACCAAUGUCAAGAAUAUUACGACUUAAACCAGGGAGAUAAUUUAUUAAGUUGUACAGUUUUACUUCAAAGUUCUGUGGAAAAUUCGAAAACCAUGUUUGAACAGUUAUACAAUGUAAUGAACUAUUUUGGCAACAUAGAUUUUAAACUAUUAGCGAAUACAAAAAAGUGUUUCACUAUACCUAUAGUAGAUGAAAUUUAUACUUUUGUAGAAUUUGCAAUACUAAAAAGUCAACAAAAUACACAGAUUUUUAUUGACACAAACGAUUCAAACACAAAAAAAAAUGCUUGUGAGGUUAUUUUAGAUGUAAACAGUUUUAUCGAAGGAAAAGGUCACGAGAUCUAUCAGAAAAUUAAAGAGACAAAUAGUUUAGUUAUUGACAAUCAUAAACCAAAGUGCUUACUUGAAGAGAAUCUAAAAGACUAUAAAGAACAACAAUAUAAAAACAUUGAAUUGAGCCAUUAUUUAAGUGAAUGGCUUAACAUGUAUUAUGGUGAAAUUUCUACAAAGUUUUACAAAAAUCUUGGCUUUGAAAAGAUUUUAGAUUUGAAUGAGGAAAGUUCUUUCAAACCACCAGUUCAUUUUUAUGAAAAUAUUAGUCAAUCUGAGAAAAUCGAACAAUUAAAUACAAUUACUAAUGAAAAUGGAUGGAAAUCGUUAAAAAAUAUUAAUAUUGUAUUUAAUGAUCAAGUUAUAAGCGUAGAACGUAUUCUUAGACACCCUGCAGACAAACUAAAUUUUCAUUGUAAAAAACAACAUAUAUUAAGAUUGAUCAAGUGUAUUUAUACAGAAAUAUUGUUUAAAUAUUGUAAGUACGUUAAGUUCAUAUUAAAUUUUUGUGAUAAAGUAAGAUUAAAAUGUGAUUAUAUAAUAUUUAUACAUUUUGUGAGACAAAUUUUUGAUGCAGUUAUUAAGACAACUGAAAUGUUUGAUAUAAUGUAUAAAACAUUGGUUACUUCAAAUGAAUUAUUAGGAGAAUAUAUUUAUGAAAACGCGAAUUCGAAUAUAAAAUGUUUUUGUUCUUUAAUAUCAAAAUUACUCGAGGAAAUAAAUUCUAGGAGAUAUCCACUGGAUAGUUUGGAUAGCAAAAGUGAUAUCUGGGAUCUGAGAAAGAAUCUAUAUAACGCAAAAAAAUAUGUACAAAGUUUCUCAGAUUUUCUAAAAUCUAUCAAAUUCAGAAAUGCAUUAUAUCUAUCGCAUGAAAAACAAUGUCCAUUACGAAAUUUAACGUUAAACAUUGACAUACCUGGGUCAUUAAAUCCCGACAAUUUUUCUUCUGCUUGUGACGAACUUAUUUUAUUUUCUAAAAAUUUUAUAAAACUUUACUAUGAAGAGUUAGGUUUAAGUAAAUUAAAUUAAUUUAUUAAUCAUUUUUUUUUUUUUACGUCGAUUUCAACCUUAACCAAAAGCACAUAAGGUGCUAUAAUCAUUAUUUGUAUAAUCCACAAUUAGCUUAUAAUAUAUUAAAUAUACUUUUAAUUUUAAAUAUUAUUUACAUAAAGUCAGUUUAUAAGAAAUAAAUAAAUAAAUCAAUAAC